AAUUUGGUCCAAACAAGCAAUGUAGACACAUUGUGUCAAUAGAGGGCAGUAUGCUUUUCUUAGUGCGGAAACAUCCUCUGCUGAAGAAGCUGCUCUUCUUCUCCUCGCCGUUCAUUGGUGGCGCGUGCUCUGCUGUGUCUGAGUUGGCGCGAACGUGCACGCCGGCGCGAGACAAAGAACAUCCUGCUGCGCUCCCGUGAAACUUCACCGGUAUCCCGCUAUCGGUUCAGUAUACGUGGGAGAGCUGUUCGUUGAGGUGUUAUGGCUGAUAAAGAAGCUGCAUUCGAUGACGCGGUAGAGGAGAGGGUGAUAAAUGAAGAAUACAAAAUAUGGAAGAAAAACACCCCUUUUCUGUACGAUCUUGUGAUGACCCAUGCACUGGAGUGGCCAAGUCUUACUGCUCAGUGGUUGCCCGAUGUCACCAGACCUGAAGGGAAGGAUUUUAGUGUGCAUCGUCUGGUUCUUGGCACACAUACCUCUGAUGAGCAGAACCAUCUGGUUAUUGCCAGUGUCCAGCUGCCCAAUGAUGAUGCCCAGUUUGAUGCCUCACAUUAUGACAGUGAAAAAGGAGAAUUUGGGGGUUUUGGCUCUGUGAGUGGCAAAAUAGAGAUUGAAAUUAAGAUUAAUCACGAGGGAGAGGUGAAUAGGGCUCGCUACAUGCCACAGAACCCCUGCAUCAUUGCCACCAAGACCCCCACAAGUGAUGUGCUGGUCUUUGACUACACCAAGCACCCCUCCAAACCUGACCCCUCCGGAGAGUGCACUCCUGACCUGCGUCUUAGGGGGCAUCAGAAGGAGGGUUAUGGUCUGUCCUGGAACCCCAACCUGAGUGGCUGCCUGCUGAGUGCAUCUGAUGAUCAUACUAUCUGUUUGUGGGACAUCAGCACAGUACCUAAGGAAGGAAAGAUAGUAGACGCCAAGACCAUUUUCACUGGGCACACUGCUGUGGUGGAGGAUGUGUCAUGGCACCUGCUACACGAGUCGCUCUUUGGGUCUGUGGCUGAUGACCAGAAGCUUAUGAUCUGGGACACGCGCUCCAAUAACACAUCCAAGCCCAGUCAUGCAGUGGAUGCCCACACUGCAGAGGUCAACUGCUUGUCCUUCAACCCUUACAGCGAGUUCAUUCUGGCAACUGGUUCUGCUGACAAAACUGUUGCAUUGUGGGAUCUGCGAAACCUCAAGCUGAAACUUCACUCAUUUGAGUCACACAAAGAUGAAAUCUUCCAGGUUCAGUGGUCGCCCCAUAAUGAGACCAUCCUGGCCUCCAGUGGAACAGACAGGAGACUCAAUGUGUGGGACCUCAGUAAAAUCGGUGAGGAACAGUCACCUGAAGAUGCAGAGGAUGGACCUCCUGAGCUACUGUUUAUUCAUGGAGGCCAUACCGCUAAGAUUUCAGACUUCUCCUGGAAUCCAAAUGAACCAUGGGUUAUUUGUUCAGUAUCUGAGGACAACAUCAUGCAAGUCUGGCAGAUGGCAGAGAACAUCUACAAUGAUGAGGACCCAGAGGGGGCAGCAGAUACUGAGGUCCAGGGAUAAAAAAACAAAAACACAACAGCUCUCAAUCUUCACACCAACCCACUCUCAGCAUAAGAUGUCUUUUUCAAAACUCUGUCACAUCUACACAGUAGUGAAGAUCAAGUGCUCGACCCUACUUGAUACAAUAGGAACUGUUGAUUAUAACUUCAUCAAACACUUUUAUACUAUGUUAAUAGAAUAUUUUUCUAAGAUAUGUCAGUUGAUUGAUCAUCGGCACUGACAAGAAUGUGAGAUAAAUAACCCUUCUCACCCUAUUCAACCCGGUUUCUCAUUGGGAUUUUAAGUAUGCUUUAAAAGUAUUACUUCAAAUAUAAAAUGUAUACAGAUAUGUAGCAUAUUGUUUUGACAUGCGUGCAGUGGUUCAUUGGUAAUGUCCAGUAGAUUUUUUUAAGUUGAAAAUCAAUUUUUUCAAGCAUCCAUUUAAGUACAUGACUAGGUAUGUUGAUAACUUAAGCUCUUGUGUACUCUUUUGAGCUUCACGUAAUGUUAAGGUGGUAUGUUGUUUAAUGUCUUUUUAAUAUUGUGACUUUUUUCAGUGACUUUGACCAUUCUGUUGUACAGAACAUUAUGAAUAAACUUUUUGUUGAUACAGUUCAGUUGGAUUCAUGCAGUUUUGAAUGUAAAAUAAGUGUUUUGCUUUAGAAAAUGCCAUGUAAAAUAUUCCUACUACCAGGUGGCUGUUAUUGAAUUCGGUGUCUUGAUAACACUUGCUUUAGGCUGAAAUAUGUACAAAUAUCAACAUAAGUGAGUUUGGGGCAUCCAAACAAUGAAAACCCAAGAGUGGGGAAUGUAUGCUUGGUGUUACAGCAUUAAUACGCAAAACAGAUAAUGACAAGACAAAAAAUAAUAAUAAAACAGUAAAAAAAUAACAAUAUGAAUAGAAUUAAUAUAAAGUGCCAGAUAAUUAAUAAAAUAAAAACUAUAAUAUUAUACAGUACAAUAUAAAAUAAGCAUUUAACAGGACAUUAUGAACAUAAACAAAUACUGUGACCGAAGUACAUUAAGGCAGUGAUUGGUUUCUGAGGGUGUACACUUCAAAAAUGCAUGGUGGUCCUCCCCCAGUAACACCAGCAUCUGAUCUGUUUCUGCCAAACUGGGAAACUGGCAUGAGGUUUGAGAGUUUGUGGAGGAGAAAGUGUGUCUCUGUCUCGACCUCACCAGUGUCACAGUGAGCACAUACUCGUUCUUCCUUUGGAAGCCAUGUUUGUCUGUGUCUGCCUUUUUAUAUGGCCAGAUUGUGAUCACUGAGCCAUAUGAGAGAACAUAUGAGAGAUAUUCUGCCAGAUUAUACUUUCUGUUUAGGGUCCGAUAACAUUCCAAUUUGCUUUGGUUUUUAACUUUCAUUUUCCCAAUGUUCCAAAUAUGAAUUUGUGCUUUCUUUUAUGAUUUGGUUUAUUGUGAUUUGGUUUUGUUCAGUAGUGCUGGUCUGAAACUGGUGUUUGUUAGUUAUUAGUGAGUUUCAGAGCCAGCUGAUGAAGGGGACUGGUUUUAGGCAUCAACUCCUGGGUUUUAAGGGCUUCACGUUGCAGUGUGUUAGGGGGACUGGAAUUUAGAUGUGUCCAUAAUUGUAGGGAUCGUUUAUCAAUUUGUAUGAUUAGGGGGUAUUUGUCUAGUUUGGUCUGUCAUGCAUUAGUAGGUGUUCUUCUCUGAACUCUUAGAAUGUUUCAACAGAAUUCUGCAUGCAGGGAUUCUAUGGAUUGUUUGUCCCAUCUAGAGUAAUCUGCCAGACAGAGUGGACCCCAAACCUCACAUCCAUACAGAGCAAUAGGCAUUAUAAUACUAUCAAAGAUUUUACACCAAAACGUUACAGGAAUGUCUAUUUGGGUAAAUUUGCCCUUAAUAGCAUAGACUGCUCUUCUAGCUUUCUCUUUUAAUGCAUUCACUGCCAGACCAAAAGCCCCUGAAAGCACUCAUUUUUAGACUGAGGUAGUCGUAGUGUCGGGUGUGUUAUAUUGCAGUGUUCCCCAGAGUGAAUGUGUAUCUGUGUCCUGUAAUCUGGCUUUUUUCUGGAAGAUCAUAUUUUCAUUUUUUUCAAAUUGAUUGUCAGGGCCCAGUUUUGACAGUAGUUCUCCAGCAGGUCCAGGUGCUGCUGUAGCCCUUGUGCAGUAUCUGAUAGCAGCACCAGAUCAUCUGCAUAGACAAUAAUUAUUUAGAGUAAGACCGGGUGUUGCAGAUUGUUCCAGUAGCACUAACUCCGUAAUGUAAAAGUUUAACUCAGUUGGACUCAGACUGCAGGCCUGUCUCAGUCCACACCCUUGAGUGAAGAAUUCUGUUCUUUUAUUGCCAAUUUUAACUCUGUACCUGUUGUCCAAAUACAUAAAUUUGAUUGUGUUGUACAUUUUACCCCCAAUGCCGGAUUGUAGAAUUUUAUAAUAUAGACCAUCAUGCCAAAUGGAAUCAAAGGCUUUUUUAAAAUAAAAUAAAAAAGUGUGAAUUUUGCCUUUGCUUUUUGGAUGAACGUGCUGGUUGAAAAUCGUGUGUAGCAUGUGAAUGUGGUCGGCGGUGC